AUGGCUUGCAAAUCAUCCGAGUUGAAACUAACAAAUAUCUGGCGAAUUCUUAACAAGAUCCGCGCCGUAGUUUUUCGUAUCAACAUAAAUUUGUGGGAAUAUUUUCGUCCCUUGGAUCCUAACAAUACAAAUCUUGUAUCAGAGACUAAAUUCAUUGCUAUAUUGUCUGGUCGCUUAAGAAACACACUAGGGUUAUCAAACAUUGAAAUCACUGAAUUAAGUGACUACUUCCGAACAUCUAAUGGCAGAAUUUAUUAUUCCCAACUCUGCGAAGUUAUCCAUGAUAAAGCGCCAGAAUUUAGUCAGAAACCGUUGGUUACUGGGUUGGAGUGGGAGGAUCCUUUGCACUGCAAUAGGUUGAGCGAAAAUGAGUCGCGGAGAUUGAAUCUGAUAAUCACACAAAUUGCAGUUAAUGUCAACAAAAGAAAUUUGGUGUUGCGGCCGUAUUUUCAAGAUUAUGAGCUGAUUGCCAAAAAUGAAGGAACAGUUACUGUAGCGCACUUUGGAAGAAUUUUGAACCAUCUAGGAAUAGUAUUAGCAGGAGAAGAGUUCAAAUUAGUGGUUAAAAAGUUCACCAAGGAUGGUUACACUAUCAAUUAUGUAGGGUUUGUUCAGGCCGUAGAUGAAGCGACGACCUGGUUGGAACGCAAUGGAAUGCUCAAUGUUUCUGGGGAACUCAUGGACCAAUUUCCCGGAAGAAUAAUAACAGCAGAGCUACCAAAAUUACCCCGUCCAGAAAUCGGUGUUAAAAACCCACACGAAAUAUUUGGCAAGCAAUCGAUUUUCCACCCGGCGUUUGAAAAACAAAAACAGAGUAUGUCCGUACAGGAAACUAUGAUGAGAAUUCAAAAAAAGGUUCUUGAACGUCGGCUGCGAGUUCGCGAAUUUUUUCAACACUUCGAUGUUUUCAAUUCCGGUAGAGUAACUAAUUCGCAAUUUCAUCGUGGGCUGGACUCACUCCUGAAAUCUUCUGGUGGCUUUUACUUGUCCGAAAACGAGAUUAAAAAUUUGAUCAUCCAGUACUCAGAUCCAAACGAUCCCAGUCAUGUUCUUUGGCGAGUGUUUGAAGACGAUGUCAAUCACGUGUUUACGAUUAAUGAAUUGGAAAAAUUACCGCUGCUGCAAGUUAAUUUUCCGCCACCGGAGAUUGAGGAGUUGCCGAAGCGCGGGGCCAAAAAUUGGCAGGUUGUUAGCUCUGAAGCAAGAGAUUUGUGUGAAGAAACUUUGAUGGGAAUACGCAGGAAAAUUCAAGAGAGGCAGAUUUAUUUAAAACAGUUUUUUAAUGAUUAUGAUAAGCUAAAUCAUGGGUACGUUUCAAGAAAUCAGUUGAGGCAAGUUUUAACCACAGCAACGAUCCUUGUGUCACCUGAAGAAAUUUUUGCACUUGAACAAAGAUACAACGACGAACUGGGAUUCAACUACGCAUCGUUCUUAAAAGACUUGGAUUCAAAAACAGUAGAAGCCCCGUUAUAUGGAAAAAUGCUCGAAGAAAUGAAGCAGCUUAAUUCAGAAUCACCGAAAAUAGACCCGUCGGUUGAUGACAAAGAUAUCGUUCAAAUUAUCGCUAAAAUAAAAGCGAAAGUAGUUAGAGAACGGAUUACGAUCUUAGAGUUUUUCCGACAACACGAUCCUCGAAAUGAGCAGGUGAUAACACGUAGCAAUUUUAGGAGAAGUCUUGAUCAAUUAAAGUGCAAUUUGAAUCUUUAUGAAGUCGAAACAUUGAUUGAUUAUUUCAAAUCACCUUUGAGGUCAGAUUACGUCGAUUAUGUGAGAUUUAGUAACACAAUCGAAGAGGCAAUAACAAUUGGCUUUUUAGAAAAAUCUCCAUUACUCUUUCCCUUGCAAUACAUACCCUCAGAAUCUUGUCCAGAGUCAUUUCUCAAUUACGAAGAACGUCUUGUAAUUGCAAGGGUCUUAGAUCGGCUAAUCACAGAGUACAAUCCGAACUUGGAAGAUCUUUUCAAGGAUUUCGAUAAAUGCAACAGUGGAACUGUCGAUAAAGAACAAUUGAUAAAAGUAUUAUCAGUCCGUAAUUUAUUGCGCCUACUAAAUCCCAGGGAAUUAAAUACUUUGUACAAGUGCUUCAUCGUUCAACGCAAUAACAAUUAUCUAAUGGACUACAGGAAAUUCUUACGGACUUUAGAUACUUUAAAGUCCAAUAAAAAAUAUUUGCCGUUUUAAAAAAUUUUCCGGAUUUUAAUUUUUUUCUUUUUUUGAUAAAAUUUUUUAACUUAAGUUGAUUAUUCAUGAGUUAUGAGAUUUGUUUUGUAGAAUUGAUUUCAGGACCCGAUCUUUGGAUAGACAAGGCCACUAUACCCAAAAAGAAAAAAUUAUAUUUAUACAUGGGUACUUUUUUAAACACUUCACCUUUGAACUGUAACUAUCUUUUUAUAUUUUUUUGUCGAUGAGUAAUUUAAACUGGAUGUUUAUAACAAUCGGGUAUAAAUAGUCGUAGUUGAAGAUAAGUUGGUCAUUAAAGUAAUAGCUGUCCAUUUGAGCAGAUCGCCACCUUAAACUACCCAAAACUUCUACUCUAAAGAUGAAGCUGUUAUUGACAUUCACUCUCGUGAUUGCAAUUGCUUAUGCGCAUAUUGAAGAAGAUCACAGCCGUCAUCCGGACUGCCAAGUUCCGGCUUGUCCCAGCGACGAUCAUGGAAACCGAACGUACCCACUGGAUUGCACUAAAUAUGUCUCAUGUUCUACCGGACGCCCUAUCGUCGAAGAAUGCCCCUUGGGAUACAAAUAUAAUAAGGAGGCAAGAAAAUGCGAAUCAAGCAUCGGCGGUGCUGGUCAAGGCUGUCUUGCAUGCUGGAUAAAGCCCCCCGAGGGCCUCUAAAGACUAUUUUCAACACAUAUUUAUACCAUUUCUCAAAAAAUUUUCAACAUGUAAUGAAAAUCAUAUUACCCAAAUAAAUUGAUGAUUUAUUUCUA